AUGGCCUCCGAACUGGCGCUGGCGGAGGCGGCGGCAGCGAUGCCGACACCCGAAGAGGUGCCGGCAGGGUGCCUGCUCCACAUGCUGCUCUCGCUGCUACUGCAGCAGCCGCCGACCUCCCUCUACCUCCUCGGGCUCGCCUCGUGCGUGCACAAGUGGGUGCAGGCCUCGGCGCCCGCAGAGCAGCGGCUCGUCGCGUCGCACCCCGGGUUCGUCCGUUUCGCGUCGCCGCUGCGCGGCAUGCGCCCCCUCGCUUCGCUCGGCCUCGCACCGCCGGAGCCCGUUGCCGCGGCCGCCGCCGGCAUGACACCCAAGCUGUCGGCGCUGAGGCGCCACGGGCCUCUCGCGGACGCCGCGCGGGGCAGCCUCGCCCAGGUGGUGACGCGGCGGCGCGUCGAGCUCGCGCGAGCGCUAGUGGCCGCGGCGAGCGACGGCGACCUGUCCGUCGAGACAAUGUGCGUCAUCAACGCCGCCAUCCUCUUCUUCCUCCUCGCCGACCUCGACGGGCGCGGCGAGCGGGGCGGCGAUGGGCGGUGCGGCCGCGUGUCUCUCCUAGACGCCGUCUGCGAGGCGUCGGGCGUGGGCGCGAGCGCCGGGGAGGAAGCGUCGGAGGACGUCCCCGCCCUGUCGGAGGAGGCGCGCUCUCUGCUCGAGGGCUUCGGACGGCUGCUCCGGUUCUGGGGGGAGGUGUACCACUCGCACUCGUGCGAGCGGCGGUUCCUCGAGUUCUCGAGCGGUGUGCCCUUCCCCCGCUGGCUCGCGCUGGUCGCGGCCCUCCGCGAGGACAUCCGCCACCGGCUCAGUGGCGGCGGCGGUGGCGACCCCGCGAACCGGGCGGCCGCGGCUGCUCCCGCCGACUCAACUGCUCCUCGCAACCAGUGCGUGGGCGGGGAGGAGUGCGAAUGCGCUCUCGGCCCGAAGUUUGGGCGGAUGGGCAUCUGCGUGGAGUAG